UAUUUUCACUGGAAUGGAUUCAAAUCUUAAAAAAAAAAAAAAAAAAAAAAAGGAUUUACACAGAGGCAACAUUACGCCAUUCUUCCUCCUUGGAAAAAAAAAAAAAAACCUUCGGAUUUAAACAAGACUCCUUCAAGUAGUCAGACAGUUUUGAAGCAGAAAAGAGGGAGGUAAAGUUUACCUUUCAAGAGCAACCUCUGUUCAGCUACACACUGGAGAAAGUAAGAUUAGAUCAGAACACAUGUUACUUUUCACUAUGGGACUGGAUACCCACAUUAAGCAAACAGAUUUUAAAAGCAGAGUAAGAAGAAAGCUGUUUCUGCUGGCCUUGGUUUUCAGUCUCUUUCAUGUUGUCUCAUGCCAGUUUGGUGGAACCUUUGCCAUUUGUUUCUUUGGUGAUGUUCAAGAGAAGAUCAAAGGAUGAAAGUACUGAAAUAUAUUCCUUUACUGCUUUGGUAUCUGAUUUGGGACUCCCUGGAUCUAGUUCCUUUGGCACUGGGCCAUUCUGAACAAAGUAAUCCAGGAACCAAAGUAGGCAUUGCUGUAACUGGAGGAAAAGAGAGAAACCCAUUACCAAAGGUCAACGCAACCAGGACUGCAAUCUUGGGUCAUGGAGUUGGUCUUCAAAAGGGUAGGACCAAAGUUCCCCUUGUUCAAAGUAGAAUUUUUCUCUCUAAAAAUGAGGACUUCAAAAAACAAGCUGCCCGUAGAGCUAUUCCACAUGCCAAGGACAAAGUCGUUGAAAAUGGGCAAUCUGGGGUAAAAAUCGAGACCCCAAGGCCUCCGCAUGUUACCAGUAAGGCCUCUACCAAACUAAUAAAUAUCCAUGCAGAUUCUGCUGGAUUCAAACCAAGGAGACCUUCAAACCCACUGACUGAAAAAGAGCAAAAAGACUCUUUCAAGCACCCCCUCAUUACGCCACAUGAAUACAUGUUAUCACUGUACCGGACUCUUUCAGAUGUUGAAAGGAAAGGCAUUAAUGGAAGCUUGAAACUCGAGGCAGGAUUAGCCAAUACUAUCACCAGCUUCAUUGACAAAGCUCAAGAUGAAUGGAUGGCAGCAGCAAGGAGGCAAAAGUAUAUUUUUGACAUCAGUGCUUUGGAAAAAGAUGGUUUAUUAGGAGCUGAACUGCGUAUUCUAAGAAAAAGGCCGACCGACACUAAAUCCAACUUACCUGCCAAACUGUCGCAGGUAAAAUUAUACAGUUGCCCGGCGAACAAGAAGUCCGCUAGCCUUCUGGACUCUCGGCCCCUCAGCAGUAUUGAUACCCCAAAAUGGGAGGUCUUUGACAUAUGGAAGCUGUAUAAAAAUUUCAAAAACUCUGUGCAGUUGUGUUUUGAGCUUGAAGUUUUGGAUAAGGGGAAACCUGCAGAUUUAAGAAGUGCGGGAUUUAAUAGAACAGGGAGGCAGACCAAUGAGAAAGCCAUUUUUCUUGUCUUUGGUAGGACAAAGAAACGGGACUUGUUCUUCAAUGAGAUUAAAGCCAGGUCUGGCCAAGAUGACAAAACUGUCUAUGAAUAUUUAUUCAAUCAAAGGAGAAAGAGAAGAGCCCCUCUGUCAACUAGGCAAGGGAAGAGGCCAAAUAAGAAUCCAAAAGCAAGAUGUAGCAAGAAACCACUUCAUGUCAAUUUCAAGGAUAUGGGUUGGGAUGACUGGAUUAUUGCCCCUUUGGAGUAUGAGGCAUAUCAUUGUGAAGGGCUUUGUGAGUUCCCUCUGAGAUCUCAUUUAGAGCCUACCAACCAUGCAGUGAUCCAAACAUUAAUGAAUUCAAUGGACCCAGAGACUACGCCACCAACCUGUUGUGUUCCAACUAGACUAAGUCCAAUAAGCAUCCUUUACACAGACUCUGCCAACAAUGUGGUCUACAAACAAUAUGAAGACAUGGUUGUGGAGUCCUGUGGUUGUAGGUAGCAAAUAUGUAACCUGCCAUUGAUUUGGUCUAAGAGGAACAAAUAAACUAGGGUUUAAACAAUAAACAUUGUAUAGAAAGGGUUUUUAUAUUAAUGUUUCAGAACUGCAUACAUGAUAUGAUCAAAUAAACCCUACAUGUGACAAUUUGAACACGUCUGAAAAUGAAGAGAUGGAUACAAUAACACAAAACGGAGCAGAUAAUGACACUUGAGAGUGAUCUGAAUGAUGAGAAAUGGCAGUUGCUGACACAGCACAAUCAUAUGAAGUCAAUACUGGUUACACCAACACUAUCAAGUCCAUUUCCCUUAAAAGAUGAAUACAUUGUGAGCUGAAAAUGAUUUAUUUUACAACCGUUUGUAUUUAUGAAGGCAAUAGAAAGACUGGAUCUGAAGUGUUUAUUUUAUAUCUAUAUAUAUGAAAAUAUAUGUUAAAAAAGUAACUUUCUUUGCUUUUUAGAACUUAAAAGGCUUAGUAAAAUUGCUUUAGAUUUUUUUUUUAUUAUCAAAUGUCGGUUAACACAAUAUAUUAUCUUGGAGUGGUAAGAAGGCAUUUGAUUCUAUGUUAAAAACAAAAUAAAUUAUUGUAAUAUGCUUCUGUAUAUUUGUAAUGCAUGGUGUAUAUAUCUGAGUAAUUUGUUGCUUUGCUUGGUGGUAAUAAUUUAAUACGACAACUUGAACAAAACAAAAA